CAACAGGCAGAGGGGUUGUACUUCAAUCUUCAAAGACUGUAUUUUAAAACUUUCUAUAUUUUCUGCUAGAAUUUUCUCUCACUCAAGGUAUUUAUGAUUUUUUAAAAUAAUUUUUAAAUUUUAAAAGGUUUAAUUAAUUUUUUUAGUUAGUUUCAAAAAAAAUUUUAAUUUACUUUUUUUUCCAAUAUUUGUUACUAAAGACUUUGAAAUUAAUAUAUAUCCAAUAAAAUUAAAUCAGCUUUAUAUGUAUUUAAAUAAGCUAAGGUUUGAGAAAUGGAUUGCAGCUUCAGCCCUCAACUUCAUAGCUAUGAAAUCCUACUGUUUCACUUCUAUCCCUUCCUUCUUUUUACUCUCUGUAAUUGUAAUCACUAGUGGAAUUACAAGAGCAACAAACGAUGAUUCUCAAUGGCUGGCAGCAGAGGCAAAAGCAUUGAGGGAAACAGGGUGGUGGAGUAAUUAUAGAAAGAGAGUUGGAGACCAUUGUAAGUGGCCUGGUAUCCGAUGCAAAGCUGGAAGUGUCGUCGAGAUUGAUCUUAGUGGCCAUGGUCUGAAUGGGAGCAUAACACCUCAAAUAGGAGCACUUUCAAAGCUCAGGUACCUCAACCUAUCUUUGAAUAGCCUUACAGGUGAGUUACCUUCUUCAAUUGGAAACCUCACUCAAUUGGCAGUGCUUGACGUUUAUGAUAACUAUAUUCAUUCCAUUCCCUUGGCAAUUCAGAAGAUGGAGAAUCUUGUUUCUCUAAAUUUGUCACUGAACAGCCUUACAGGUAAGUUACCUUCUUCAAUUGGAAACCUCACUCAAUUGGCAGGGCUUGAUGUUUCUAUUAAUGAUAUUCACUCCAUUCCACCAAAUAUUGGAAAGCUAGAGAAUAUGGUUGAUCUUCAUCUCUCAAACAACGGGCUUGUUGGUCCAAUCCCAUCUUCUAUCAGCAACUUAACCAAUCUUGCCUCGUUGUUCCUUGAAAGCAACAAAAUUAAUGGAUUCAUUCCGCAAGAAAUUGGGAGACUAAGGAAUUUAGUUGCAUUGGAUCUAUCCAACAAUAGGCUUGUUGGUCCAAUCCCAUCUUCUAUCAGCAACUUAACCAAUCUUGUCUCGUUGUUCCUUGAAAGCAACAAACUUAAUGGAUCCAUUCCGCAAGAAAUUGGGAGACUAGGGAAUUUGGUUGCAUUGGAUCUAUCCUACAAUAGGCUUGUUGGUCCAAUCCCAUCUUCUAUCAGCAGCUUAACCAAUCUUGCCUCGUUGUUCCUUCAAAGCAACAAACUUAAUGGAUCCAUUCCACAAGAAAUUGGGAGACUAAGGAAUUUGUCUGAAUUCGAUCUAUCCUCCAAUAGUCUUGUUGGUCCAAUCCCAUCUUCUGUCAGCGACUUAACCAAUCUUUCCUCGUUGUUCCUUCAAAGCAACAAACUUAAUGGAUCCAUUCCACAAGAAAUUGGGAGACUAAGGAAUUUGUCUGAAUUCGAUCUAUCCUCCAAUAGUCUUGUUGGUCCAAUCCCAUCUUCUGUCAGCAACUUAACCAGUCUUGCCUCAUUGUUCCUUCAAAGCAACAAACUUAAUGGAUCCAUUCCUCAAGAAAUUGGGAGACUAACGAAUUUAUUUGCAUUGGAUCUAUCCUCCAAUAGUCUUGUUGGUCCAAUCCCAUCUUCUGUCAGCAACUUAACCAGUCUUGACUCGUUGUUCCUUCAAAGCAACAAACUUAAUGGAUCCAUUCCUCAAGAAAUAGGGAGACUAACGAAUUUAUCUGCAUUGGAUCUAUCCUCCAAUAGUCUUGUUGGUCCAAUCCCAUCUUCUGUCAGCAGCUUAACCAGUCUUGCCUCGUUGUUCCUUCAAAGCAACAAACUUAAUGGAUCCAUUCCUCAAGAAAUUGGGAGACUAACGAAUUUAUUUGCAUUGGAUCUAUCCUCCAAUAGUCUUGUUGGUCCAAUCCCAUCUUCUGUCAGCAACUUAACCAGUCUUGACUCGUUGUUCCUUCAAAGCAACAAACUUAAUGGAUCCAUUCCACAAGAAAUUGGGAGACUAACGAAUUUAUUUGCAUUGGAUCUAUCCUCCAAUAGACUUGUUGGUCCAAUCCCAUUUUCUGUCAGAUGCUUAACCAAUCUUGCCUCGUUGUUCCUUCAAAGCAACCAACUUAAUGGAUCCAUUCCACCAGGAAUUGGGAGUCUACUGAAUUUGGUGGCAUUGGAUCUAUCCUUCAAUAGGCUUUCAGGUCACAUCCCUUCCUCUCUGGGACAGUUAAAAAGUUUGGUCUCUCUCAACCAUAAUAAGGAUUUAUGUGGUUCCAUUCAAGGCUUCCUUCCUUGCGGUUCAUCCCCAACUGUAAAUCGAGAAAGAAAUAGCAAAGUCAAGCACAAUCUUCCUGUCACUACUAUUCUGGUUCCAACUUUGUUAUUUUCUGUCUCGACUUUUGCCUUGGUGAUAUUCAUCCUAUUCCGACGAUAUAGAGCUAAAGCUUUAAAAUCUGAUCCAAGUCCAACCAAAAAUGGAGAUUUAUUCUCUAUUUGGAACUUUGAUGGAAAGAUUGCAUUCGAAGACAUCAUCAAAGCAACAGAGGAUUUUGAUAUCAAAUAUUGCAUUGGAACGGGUGGUUAUGGCAGUGUUUACAGAGCAGUCUUACCAAGUGGCAAAGUUGUUGCUUUAAAAAAACUCCACCGAUUGGAAGCUGAGCAACCGGCUUACGACACAAGUUUCCGAAAUGAGAUCAAGUUUUUAACAGAAAUACGACACAAGAACAUCGUCAAGCUCCACGGAUUUUGUCUCCACAAUCGUUGCAUGUUCUUGAUUUAUGAAUAUAUGGAAAAGGGAAGCUUGUUUUAUGCCUUGAGCAUUGAUGAGGAAGCUGUGGAAUUGGAUUGGACCAAAAGAGUGAACAUUGUCAAAGGUGUCGCACAUGCUCUAUCUUACAUGCAUCAUGAUUGCAACCCUCCAAUUGUUCAUCGAGACAUCUCAAGCAAUAACAUUUUGUUGGACUCUGAAUUGGAAGCUUUUAUUGCUGAUUUUGGGACUGCAAGAUUUCUUGAUCCUGAUUCAUCUAAUCGAACUGUAAUUGUUGGGACGUAUGGAUAUAUUGCCCCAGAACUUGCUUAUUCGAUGGUUGUGACCAAAAAAUGUGAUGUUUAUGGUUUUGGAGUGUUAGCGUUGGAAAUAUUGAUGGGAAAGCAUCCUGGUGAAUUAUUGUCAACACUGUCAUCAUCAUCGUCUCGUGUCCAAAAUUUCAUGCUAAAUGAAAUUUUGGACCCUCGAUUAUCAACCCCGAGAAGUCGAAAAAUGGCAGGAGACAUCGCUUUUAUUGCUGUUAUUGCUUUUGCAUGCUUACGAGCUAGACCUAAAGCUCGACCAACAAUGAAAUUAGUGUCUCAAGAAUUCCUACACAUCAAGUCCCCAAUUGCAAUACCUCUUCAUGAAAUAUCAUUGAUCGAACUUAGGAAUCAUGAGAUGUUUAUGGGCGACGAAAAUCACUAAUAAAUAAAUGAUUUGAAGUUGAUGUAAUAAUAUAGGAACCAAUGGAAAGUGAUAAGUAGAAUUAAUCUUCACCAAGGCACGACAUUGGUAUUCAUA